CCAAACGCCGUGUGUGCGCCUCUUUCGGCGUUUCCUUGCUCACCAAGCCAUCGCCGCCUUCUUGGCUCGCCCACCAAUCUCCGGUCUCCGAUCGCCCGCCCCUCGCCCCUGACCGAUGGACGAUAGCUGUGCGGUGUGUGCCGACGCCCUCGAGUGGGUGGCCUACGGGCCGUGCGGUCACCGGGAGGUUUGCUCCACCUGCGUCGUGCGCCUUCGGUUCGUCCUCGCCGACCGCCGCUGUUGCAUCUGCAAGACCGAGUGCUCCUUUGUCUUCGUCACCAAGGCACUGGGCGAUUACACGAGGGUGGUAGCUGAUUUCUCAGUCUUCCCAGCUAGUCCAACAGAAGGGCAGGUGGGGCAAUAUUGGUUCCAUGAGGAUACACAGGCCUUUUUCGAUGAUGUGGAUCAUUACCGGAUGAUAAAGGCAAUGUGCCGGCUGUCUUGUAGCGUCUGUGACAAGAAUGCAGAGGUGCAAGGUGGCGAGAGUGCAAAGAGGAGGAUCAGAUUUAGGAGCAUAGAACAAUUAAAUGGGCAUUUGAGGCAUCAACACAACUUGUUUAUGUGCAAUCUAUGCUUGGAAGGAAGAAAGGUAUUCAUUUGCGAACAAAAGUUAUACACUAGAUCACAGCUAAAUCAACACAAAAGCACCGGUGAUUCUGAAGUGGAUGGCAAUGAGAGUGAACGUGGUGGCUUUAUGGGCCAUCCUACGUGUGAGUUCUGCAGAAACCGAUUUUAUGGAGAUAAUGAACUUUAUAUGCACAUGUCAACAGAGCACUAUACCUGCCACAUUUGUCAAAGGCAACAUCCUGGACAAUAUGAUUAUUUUAGAGAUUACAAUGACUUGGAGAUGCAUUUUCGCCAAGAGCAUUUCCUUUGUGAGAACGAGGCGUGUUUAGAGAAGAAGUUUGUUGUUUUUCAAACUGAAUCAGAGAUGAAGAGGCACAAUACUCUUGAGCAUGGGGGACACAUGUCUCGUUCUAAGCGCAAUGCUGCACUCAGGAUACCAACUAGCUUCAGAUAUCGACGGAAUGAACAAGAACAACGCCGAGGAAGAGGUCACGGAUUUCGGCCUGAUCCUUCUGGUGACCAGCUAUCUAUGGCAAUACAAGCCAGCCUUGAAAUGGCUGUAGCUGAUGGGAGAUUUCAGGAUUCUUCUUUUGGUUCUCGUAUGAAUGCUGAGCAUGGGGAGACGAGGCGGGCUGAUGCAGUCAGGAAUUCAUCAGAAGUCUCAAAUGUUAAUGCAGGUUCAGAAGCACCUUUAAGUACUCCAUUGUCACUUAGCCAAAGCUCCAGGACAACACCAAUACUAGAAGAAUCGUCUUUCCCUCCCCUUGGUGAUAGAGAGUUACCAGAGCCUUCUUCUAGAUAUGCUCAAGCUCUCAGUCAAAACUCUAGAAAUGCGGUCAAACUUAGAGAAGAAUCAUUUCCUCCUCUACCUGGUGCAACUAGUAAACCAAAGCCAAUUCAUGGAUCUGAAAGUUCGUCCACAAAUACUUUUGCUGCCCGUAUUCAGCGCAACAGAGGCUCUGUAGUUGUCAACUCUGCUCCAUCUAGGCCACCAGAGUAUCAUGAGAUCUUCCCAUCCGCUUCUCAGUUGAGAGCCACACCAAAUUAUGGUUCCACAUCAUCCACUUCAACAAGUUCUCAGUUGGGAGGAAAACCUAUAAGAGAAAAUGCACAUAGAUCACCUUCAUCCUCCAGUACUGCUUAUAAUUUGGGUACUGUUAAUAGGAUGAAGCAUUCAGCAUCAGCUCCUAACCUUGCUGAGGGAUCAUUUUUUAACCAAGCUGUUCCUGGUGUGUCUUCUGGUGCGAAGGGAGAGGAACCAUUAACUCAAAGUAAGCAAUCUCUUACUGUCACAGGGGACGUCUACACUGCCAACAAGUCCUUGGUUGAAAGGAUUCGAGCUGCCUUAGGGAUGGAUGAUGAUAUGUAUGGUGCAUUCAAAAACUUAUCCUCUGAGUAUCGGCAAGGCCAAAUCAACACAUGGGAGUACCUUUCUUAUGUCGAGCAAUUUGGCUUGUCGCAUCUUGUUCCUGAACUUGCUCGGCUCUGCCCUGAUGGUCAGAAACAGAAGGAACUAAUUGAUACCUACAAUGCCAAUUUGCAGAACAAAAGUCUGCAAGAAAAUGAUGGCAGCAGUCGUGGCGGUAAAGGUAAGGGAAAAGCGGUAGCUCGUGCUCAAUCUAGUGCUAAAGAUUCUUUAGCUGAUGACUUCUUGGCUUCUGUAAGAAAGCUACAACUGAACCAGAAGCCUCAGGAGGAUGGGGUGGAGGUGCUUUCAAAGGGUGGCUACCGAGUCACCAAGGAUACAUUUCAAGUGUCAGCUAAGCAAGUUCAUGGUAAUUCAAGUUCCGUUGAUGUGAAUUCCACUGGGAAAAGUACUGAUAGGGAAUCCCAAACUGGUUCAGACGUUGCAAAGCAAAAUUUAGCUAAUGAAGCUAGUGGUAAACAACGUAAGAAGACAUCAAAAUUUCAUAGAGUUCGUCUGGGUGACAGUUCAGCGACUGCACUUCUCGAUCUUUCUCGCAGGGAUACGAGCCCUGAACCUACAGAAAACAGAACUGCUGGCGAUGGGCCACCCGAUGGUGUGCCGGUCCGAGGUGUUUGGCGAAGUGGCGGUGCACAUAGACUUUUUGCAAACUCCAACAGGAAUGCCUGAAAACUGACAACCUUCAAUGGUGAAUCCGAGGUCAGGUUGUGCCAUCACCCGUCGAUUUGGUGUCAGUAUGAGGCGUGCAGGAAGGGAAUAACUGAAGCUCGUCGCCUUCGGGAGUUGGAAAUGGUUGCAGGAUGGUUUGUGGUUUGCAACCUGCGAUUCUUUUUGCAAGUGUAGUUUAUGUUCUCGAUGAGCAAAAGUGUUUUGGAUGUUUCCUCAGAUACAAUGGUCUGGCUGAAAAAUAUUUACAGAUGUAGAAGUUUAUGUUAUUGGGUGCUCCUUUGUCUCAGCGGAAACUACGGGCUGAUACUUUUUAUCUUUGUUUAAAAAAUAUUUGGGGUAACAUUUUCUUGAAUUCCAAACUAUGCGGUUGUUUUCCUA